AUGGUUCUGUUCUCAUCACAUUCUGCAUUUUAUCCCUUUGACCCUGCAGAACGUCCUGUCCAGCAGCUUCAUAACCCAGAGAUGCCCUGCAGCCUGGACCAUCUGGAACCAGAACCUCCAGUGAUUAAAGUGGAACAGGAAGAAUCAGAACCUUCAGUGAUUAAAGAGGAACAGGAAGAAUCAGAACCUUCAGUGAUUAAAGAGGAACAGGAAGAAUCAGAACCUUCAGUGAUUAAAGAGGAACAGGAAGAAUCAGAACCUUCAGUGAUUAAAGAGGAACAGGAAGAAUCAGAACCUUCAGUGAUUAAAGACGAACAGGAAGAAUCAGAACCUUCAGUGAUUAAAGAGGAACAGGAAGAAUCAGAACCUUCAGUGAUUAAAGUGGAACAGGAAGAAGAACUGAAGCAGGAGGCUGAAACUCUUACAGCGACUGUUGGUUCUGAGGACAGGGACCACGGCGAACCUGAAAAACCCAACAAAGACAAACCCCUUUCCAACAGUUCUCCUGUUGCUGAGAGUCCAGAUCCAAAUGGAAGUGAAAGCCAAGAUCCAGAAUCCGUGACAACAGCAGAGCUUAAGCCAAAGAAGAUAAAUCUCAGAAAAAGAAUCCAAAAAAACAAGAAAAUCCCACAAAUUUCUGAGAAUCCCACCGACAGAUCCAAACAAUCUGCCCAAUGUAACAUUUGUGGGAAGGUUCUGAAGUCUAAGUCGUACUUGAAGCUUCAUCUGAGAAGACACACAGGCGAAAGGCCGUUUGCCUGCACUCGUUGUGAUAAAAGAUUUUAUCAGAUGAGUCAUCUGAAGCAUCAUGAGAGAAGCCACACAGGUGAGAAGCUGUACUUCUGCAAGAUAUGUGGAAAGAGCUUCAGUUAUUCCACUCCUUUCAAAUUUCACAUGAAGAUCCACUCCGAUGAGAAACCGCAUCGCUGCGAGACAUGCGCUAAAAGCUUCAGAAGCCGUGAUAAGUUAUCGAUCCACGUGAGAACCCACACUGGAGAGAAACCAUACGGCUGCGACACCUGUGGCAAAAGAUUCAAGGAGUCAUCAAAGUUGAAACGGCACCUGAAGACCCACACAGGUGAGAAGCCGUACAGGUGUGACACCUGUGGGAAACGUUUCACAGCCAACAGCAGUCUAAGGAGCCACAUGAGGAUCCACACGGGGGAGAGGCCAUAUUCGUGUGAAACAUGCGGUGCUUGGUUCAGGCACAGCAGCAACCUGACCGUCCAUAUGAGAAUUCACACAGGAGAGGAACCGUACUCCUGCAGCACCUGUGGGAGAAGGUUCAAAGGUGCGUCACAUCUGAACAUCCACAUGAGAAGCCACCAACAUGAUGAGAGGUCCUGACCUCCUGUGACCUCUGCUGAUUGUUUGACAGGAAACAUGACCUGUUCCACUAACAUGUAGUCAGGAAACAUCUGAGGAAAUAUUUACAGUUCAGCCCAAUAGUUUUCAUACACCUGACAGGUUGAGAUCGUUUUACCAACAUGUUUCUUCUGACUGGAGGUGUUGCUAACAUUUCUGAGUGACUCCGCCACAGUCGAGACUGAACCAGAAUCUGAGAUGGGAGCUAAAGAUUAGGGUGAUUACAAAGAGGCCUUCCAGCCUCAAAGACUUGGAGCUCAUCACCAAAGAAGAAUCAUCAGAACAUCAGAGGGAACAUGGAGGAAGCUGCUUGGCUGCUAGAAGGGUUUGAUUGAUGCGAUUCUAACGAAGAUUUUUCCAUUGAUUAUUGAAAGACGUAUAAAUACUUUUCUAUGUGAAUUUGUUCAAUGCUUUAAAGUCUAAAGGAAAUGCACAGAAACUUUUAUUUACGUUUUACAGAGAGAGAGAAAUAAUCUUAAAAUAAUCUGACUGCUCAUUCUCAAUUUCACCACAUAAUUUACUUGAAGUAGCUACAUUUUCUAUUUGUUUCCUCAUGUCUCAUUAAUUAAUCAGCCAUGACUGAUUUCUAAUAGGUUCUUUAUUGAGAAGAAUCAAGGAGCUCAGAGGAAAGUCUUCACACUUCUUUCCAGUCACUCCAAGUUUACACAAACAGACGCCUCUGCUGUCGCACUGAGGAGACUCAGAACCUGCAAACAGACAAGCAGCUCCUUAACCUUUGACCUCAUAAAGGCCGCCAGCUGGGGUGAGCAAAGUGAACAAAACAGCUCCAAUAAAUUAUUAACCCUGAUACUUUGUCAGAGUAGAAUUACUGAGUGUGUUACAGACUCAAACAGGUCAAAAUGGGUGUUUUAAUGUAAAAAUGCCCAUCAAGCAGACAUGCAGGGUCUACAAACGCAGAAAUUCAUAAACUGGUUUAACUUUCAGACUAACUGCUGACAGGCAACACAAUAAGCAAGUAAUUAUGGAAGGGAUACUACUUCACAUACUACUGCCAUCCUCGUUCAUAGCCUUGUCACUUCCCGUCUUGAUUACUGCAAUUCCUUCCUGUUCGGUCUUCCACAAAAAUCUCUUCAUAAGCUUCAACUAGUUCAAAACUCAGCUGCCCGUAUCAUCUCUAGAACCCCUUCCUUCCAUCACAUCUCUCCUCUUCUGUCAGAGCUCCACUGGCUCCCCAUCAAGUUCCGUAUAGACUUUAAAAUCAUUCUUCUCACUUUCAAGGUUGUCCAUAAUCUCGCUCCACCUUAUCUCUUCCAUCUUCUCAACGUUGCUACUCCCUCUCGCACUCUCAGAUCGUCCUCCUCUAUUCACCCGAUUGUUCCCUCUGCCCGUCUCACCACCAUGGGGGGUAGAGCUUUCAGUCGCUCUGCUCCUCGGCUCUGGAACUCUCUACUGCCUGAUUUAAGGUACAUAAAUUCACUUUCUCAAUUCAAAUCUUCACUAAAGACUCACUUGUUUAGGACUGCUUUCUGCACUUGAUUAUUUCGCACUGAUACAU